CAGACUUGUGCUGCGGUCACAGGGAGUGUGUCUGACAUCAUCCCGCUUACCUGCUAGCAUGGAUAUAAGCUCAGGAACUAUAUAGGGCACUGUAUGGAUAUAAGCUCAGGAACUAUAUAGGGCACUGUAUGGAUAUAAGCUCAGGAACUAUAUAGGGCACUGUAUGGAUAUAAGCUCAGGAACUAUAUAGGGCACUGACUGUAUGGAUAUAAGCUCAGGGAACUAAAUAGGGCACUGGAUAUAAGCUCAGGGAAACUGUAUGAAUACAGGGAACUAAAUAGGGUACUGCUGAACAAACCAUAUAAAGGAUCCUAUAGCUAUCACUGGACAUACUAUGUAAUAUACAGAAAUCAUAAAGUGCAAUACUUUCUAAAAGAAAGUGCAAUUUAAAAACAUUUCCCUUUGCUUCUUAUCAUGCUCCGGUUUGUGUUCACGUUGCUGGUUCUUUUGAGCGGCACUUUAGGGUGCCAACUCCCCUCAGACUGGAGACCACUGAGUGAGGGGUGCAGAUCCGAGCUGGCAGAGAUUAUAGUGUACGCUAAGGUGCUGGCUGUGCACCAGGAGACCUACAGUAUGUAUAACUAUUUACCAUGGCAUUAUGAAGCCAGUGAGGGGGGGCUGUUUUAUUCUGCUGAGAUUGAGAUGCUCUGUGACCAGGCUUGGGGGAGCAUGCUGGAGGUGCCUGCUGGAUCUAGGUUAAACCUUACAGGACUGGGAUACUUCUCCUGUCACUCCCACACAGUCAUGCAGGAUUUCUCUUAUUUCUUCUUUCUCAGAAUGGAUGAGAAUUACAAUUUACGUCCACAUGGAGUGAAUUUCCAGGAUGCGAUAUUUGCAGAUACGCAGGAGAACAGAAGGUUGUUUUCCAGUCUUUUCCAGUUUUCCAAUUGCUCUCAGGGCCAACAACUCAAUAUGUACAGCACCGAUUGGGAGAUUCAAGAGGACAACAGGCUCAUGUGCUCAUCAGUGCAAAAGGCCUUAUUUGAGGAGGAAGACAGAGUUAAGAAACUUCAGCAGAAGGUAGCUUUGUUGGAAAAGCGCAACAAUCAGCUGCGGGACCGUGUUAAAAAAGUGAAGAAGUCCUUGCGACAAACGCGAAAGAACACGCGGCACGUGGAAAUGCUGAACAGGAAGUUGAACGAAAAGUUGUCUUCAGCAGCAAGACAAACGGAGCACGUGAACACUUAUAAGAAAGAAAAUUCUCACUCUGCUUACCGUAAAGUAUAACAGAACAAGAAUACAGAGACUGUUUACAAGUGGCGUAAAAACCAGUGUUAUCGCAGGGGUUGCUGGGCAGCUCCAGUUUACUAAAGGAACACGGAAGGAACACAAAAUAUAUAUUGAUGCAGCACAUAUAGAGUAAUUUUCAGGAAAAAUAUAAAGCUUGAUGUGGCCUUUCUUGGUACUACAUAGUCAUGAUGUGUCCUCUGCCAGAUCUCACAUUUAAAUGAACUCAGUACUCAAAAAUGUUUUAUUGUCGAUAUGAAAGUGCAGAAAGAAGAACGUAUCAUCUAGCCAUUAAGCAUGGGUAAAAAUGACCUAUUAACCAAUAAGCAUUGCUAGGAAGGAAAUACACAACUAAGUGCUAGAUUACGAGUGGAGCGGUAGUUUACAGACAAAGGCCUCUAGUUAUCAAGGUCUGACGGACCUGAUCCGACAGUGCGGAUCAGAUCCGACAGACCUCGCUGAAUACGACGAGCAAUACGCUCGCCAUUUUCAUCAUUGCACAAGCAGCUCACAAGAGGCCGCCAGCAGGGGGGUGUCAAUCAACCCGAUCGUACUCGAUCGGGUAGAUUUCCGGCGAUGUCUGUCCGCCUGCUCAGAGCAGGCGGACAGGUUAUGGGGCAACGGUCUUUGUGACCGCUGCUUCAUAACUGCUGUUUCUGGCGAGUCUGUAGGCUCGCCAGAAACACGUGGCAUCAAGCUCCAUUCGGAGGCUUUUCACGCGCGUCUGGUAGUGGGCGCACAAAAGCUGAAGUCAUGCGCAAAGAGACACAAUAAACCCCUUUAUGCUCCUGCACAACAGAACUCGUAAUCUAGACCUAAUAUUGCUGUAUCUGUUUCCCUUUAAGUUUAAACUGAUUUUUCUUCACAUUUUUCAGUGGUAAAAAAAUAAUUUUAACAUGUUUAAAAGCUGUUCCUUCAUGUGAGUGAUAGAAAAUUCUUAAGUACUAUGUUCAAUUAAAGGGAUAUGAAAAUAAAAAAAUAUGUCAUGAUUCAGAUAGGGCGUAUUAUUUUUUUUAAAAAGUUUCCAAUUUACUUCUUUAAUUAAUUUGGCAUCAUUCUCAUGAUAUUCUUAGAAGAGCAUAUGUAAGUAGUAUGGAGGACCGCUGCCAUCUAGUACUCUUGCAAAUUUAUAACAUUGUUAAAAACAUUCUUGCAAAAUAGCUGCCAAAUAGUGCGUCACACACAUACACUCUCCUGAGCGUUCCUUCCUGCUUUUCAACAAAAGAUACAAAGAGAACUAUGUAAAUGUGAUAAUUGAAGAAAAUUUGAAACUUUUAAAAAUGAUAAGCUCUAUCUGAAUCAUGAAAGAAAAAAAAACAUUUGGGUUUCAUGUCUCUUCCUCUUGAUGAUUUUUCAGCUAAUCAAAUAAAACAAUGUGCAAGUAGAUAGCCAAAAAA